AGAGAGCUAGUUCCGCGCUAGUUCUGAACCAGCGCGAUUUACUGCAGGGAACCUAUAGAAACGACACUAUCGAUAGUGGGAAUAAUAGGCAAACCAUCGAUACUGUCGAUAGUGCCAUUGAUAGUUUUCCAGCUCUACUUUUUAAAACUGUUUUGAAGCCGCGUAGUUUAUUUGUAUAUUCAUUGCUUAAUUACUUAAAAACAACAUUGCUUAUUGUGUUAUUUAUCGAGUCUUGUCUUUAAACUCUCAAAAUAUGACCAGUGGUUAUCAAUUAAAUGAAGAAAACGAUAAGGAACGAACAACAUCGGCAGCAUCGGUGACAGCGGCAACAAGCGCGGCUGAUACACAAAUCGACAGUGUUGGUAGUGGUGGAAGCGAUAUCGCUGAGCAUAUCAGGAAGUUUGUAUUUACCAAUCAAAGCGCAAGUGCAUCAGAAAACGGCGUAGCAGCUGAAUCUGUGGAGAAUUUGGAAAUUAAAAUACCAGAGCUUUUACAAAGCGGCUACUCUUUCUACACUUGGCCGUGUGCCCCUGUUUUAGCUUGGUUUUUGUGGGAAAGGCGCCAGAACCUUGUCGGCAAACGUGUACUCGAGUUGGGUGCGGGCACAGCGCUUCCUGGUAUUUUGGCUGCAAAGUGUGGUGCACGUGUUAUACUAAGCGACAAUUGCAUAUUGCCAAAGUCGUUAGCGCACAUACGUAAAUCUUGUUUGGCUAAUAACCUUGUGCCAGGGAAGGAUAUAGAAGUAAUCGGUUUCAGUUGGGGGCUGCUACUAAAUAGUGUUUUUAAUAUUGGAUCACUUGAUUUGAUAAUCGGUGCUGACUGUUUUUACGACCCAAGCGUAUUCGAAGAUAUACUAGUAAGUAUUUCAUUCCUACUGGAGCGCAAUACCGGUGCAAAAUUUAUUUGCACUUACCAAGAGCGUAGCGCAGAUUGGUCUAUUGAAGCGCUGCUAAAGAAGUGGAAGUUGCGUGCGGUGCCAAUAAUCAUUGACGACGUUGGUAAAAGCUCUGGCAUUGAUCUGGUCGAAUUAAUGGGCGGUCAUACUAUUCACUUGAUCGAAAUAACAAGAGAACAUUAAACGAAAUAUACAUACAUACAUAUUUCUUACCAAACUGCUGUGUUAUAAAGAAAAAAAAUAACCAUGUCUGGCGCAGCACGUAAUUCAUAUAAACUAUUUGUCGGUAAUCUGCCAUGGACCGUUAGUCAAAA